UGAAUUCCAACGGUCAUCUGACACCAACCCAUCUUUUCCAAUUCGUAGUUGCAAUCCGACGGCCAACGUUCGCCGAAAAUUCUAAAGCAUUUUCGUGAGCAUCUCCGGUAAACAGCCAAAAGCAGUACUGAUGGUUGGUGCUUGGUGAUUACGGAUAGUGUGACCGCCAAAUGGCGGCUACUCUGUCACGUCCGUCUUUCUCGUUUAGAAUUCCAAGCUCUUCUUGCCACCUCAAUUUCAAAACCCUAAAUCCUUCAUUUCUCCUCGUGAAACCUUCACACGCCCGAUCCUCCGAGGGGAAGAAUCAGAUCAUAAGUGAGCUCAAAAGCUUUGAGAACUCACUGAAAUGUAGUAUUGAUUCCAUCUCUGGAACUGAUCAUCUCCAUAUCGUUCAAAACUCUUCUGUUGUUCCGAUGGCCGCAACUGCAGCUAUGGAUUCGCCUCCAAAGAUUUCGAAGAAGGUCUGCCUUUUCUACUGCACCGAAAUGAAGGAACUUGCUGAAAGAGUCGCUGCUGAAUCAGAUGCAAUUGAACUUCGUAGUGUCACAUGGAGGACAUUUGAAGAUGGAUUCCCCAACUUAUUCAUUUCUAAUGCUCAUGGAAUACGUGGCCAGCAUGUAGCCUUUUUGGCAUCAUUUAGUUCCCCUGGAGUAAUUUUUGAGCAGCUUUCAGUAAUAUAUGCACUGCCGAAGAUGUUUAUCUCAUCAUUUACACUAGUCCUCCCGUUUUUCCCCACGGGAACUUUUGAGCGUAUGGAAGAAGAAGGAGAUGUUGCAACAGCAUUCACUCUUGCUAGGAUCUUAUCAAAUAUACCAAUUUCAAGGGGUGGCCCAACUAGCUUGGUGAUUUUUGAUAUCCAUGCCUUGCAGGAAAGGUUCUACUUUGGUGAUAACAUCUUACCAUGCUUUGAGAGUGGCGUGCCUUUGCUUAAGAAUAGGCUUCAACAGCUUCCUGAUUCUGACAAUAUAUCUGUUGCUUUUCCUGAUGAUGGUGCAUGGAAGCGAUUCCAUAAGCAGCUGCAGCAUUUCCCUACGAUUGUUUGCACCAAAGUUCGGGAUGGCAACCAAAGAAUUGUGUGCCUCAAAGAAGGAGAUCCCAAAGGCCGUCAUGUUGUGAUCAUUGAUGAUCUAGUACAAUCUGGUGGUACUCUGAUUGAAUGUCAGAAAAUGCUGGCUGCACAUGGAGCAGCCAAAAUCAGUGCCUAUGUGACCCAUGGGAUUUUCCCUAAGAAGUCCUGGGAAAGGUUUCAACGUGAUAGUGGAGGUUCCCCGGAGAAUGGGAUGUCCUAUUUCUGGAUUACUGACUCCUGCCCACUGACAGUGAAGGAGGUAAAGAGCAGACCCCCAUUUGAAGUUCUUAGCCUUUCUGCUCCCAUAGCAGCCUCCCUUCAGAUACGGUAAAUAUAGCACCUCAGAAGAAUAUUCUUUAGAAAUUAUCUUGAAAGGGGAACAUGAUCGUCGAAGAAUAAAAGUGAAGCAUUUAUUGGUCUGUCUCAACCGUUACUGAUAUGGGUCGGUAGGAUUUACCUUAGUAUUUUGGAUCAUUCUUAUACCUUACCAGUGGAUAGGUAUAGAUCGGCAUUGGCCAUUACCGAUUUGAUCUGAUUUUUAAAACAAUGCCCCUCGGUAUUGAUUGAGGCAAUACCUGGCCAUUCCUGUAUCAGAUCAAGUUUCAAAUCUCCCCGAGGAACUGUCCUCUCUUCUUCGGGAUGAUGGGUUAGGGAAGAGGAUCACCCGUAUGUAAAUAUCUGUAUUUCUCCUUUUAGUCAUUUAUAAAUCUCCUUUCUCCAAAAAAAUAAAAUCAUCAUUGAAAAAGAGA